UUGGAUUAUAUAUAUAUUGUGGAUAGUUAUAUAUUGUCUCUAUGAUAUCACUCAAGUGAUCUGUUAUUAUUAUUUAUUUGUUUCUUCGGGGGAGGGAAUUUUCAUCGUAUUCGGAUAUACUAUUUUUUUCUUAAAAGGAAAAUAGAAAGAGGAAAACUAACUCAAUUUAAUUAAUAAUCAUUAAUUACAAUUUGCUUUGGUUAAUUCCAGGCGUUUAAACGGACACACUAAAGCGAACAUCCUUUAUUUACAUGACCUAAUCUAUAAGUGGUUUCUAUGUAAUAUACAAUUAAAUAACUUUAAUUUGUCAAGUUUACUUUAUUUGAAAAUAUACAAAUUUUAUUUGGAUUUGACAUUACAUAAUUGGAUUUAUCAUUAAGAUUAUCAUUCGGUUCGUGGAGUAUAUGUAUAUUCAUAUAUCAACAACAUUAUCCAGAUCCAUUAUAUAAUAGUUCCAUUGAAACAAAUGUCAAUAAAAGAUAAUCGAUUGUGGAUCAUUUCAGUUUAUUGAACCUUACACACACACACACACACACACACAUACACACAUACAUACAUAAAUAGAAGAAAUGAAAGUUAAAAACAAACGUCCAUAUAACAGGUCAGAGACGUGUACACGAAGUAGUGCUAAUAGUAAUACAAUUUCUGGGACUAAUCCUGUAUCAACAUACAUUCCUAACAAAUUAAAUGAACAAUUAGAUCAAUCAGAUGAUAAUAAUAAUAAUAACAAUUAUCCUACAUUAACAGAUAGUUCAUUAAAUAAUAAUGAGAAUAUGAACAAAAGUCAUAAAAAAACUUGUAAUUCAACAACGAAAAAUACUAAAACACGUCAUAAAUCAAGUAAACAUACAAAUUCCUCUUGUUCAUCAUCAUCAUCACCUUCUAUUUCAAAUAAUGCUAAUAGUACUGUAACACAAGUAACUGGAACAUCAUUGAAAAUUACACAUCGUGGUGGACGUACACAUGUAUCAUCUAUAAAUCCUAUUACUACUACUACUACUACUACUACUACUAAUACUACUACUAUUAAUAAUACUAAUAAUAGUAAUAAUAAUUUAAUCUCGAAUACAAUACGUUUAUCUAAUUCCAAAUCAAAUUGUUGUUCAUCAUCUACAUCGACUUCAUCAUCAAUUAUUUCUAGUGGAACUAAUGAACCAAUUGAUCCAUAUGAAUUUGCUGUAAAAACUGAUGAAUCAAUUAAUCCAUGUGGAUUGAAUGAUAGUUUAAUACCAAUUAAACGAUUAAAAUUAGAUAGAAAUGAUGAACGUUGUAGCGCACUGACUACUGAUUCAGCUAGAAGUAGUCCAAUGUUACAUACUACUACAAUCAAUAAUACUAAUCGUAGUGAUAAUUCCUUUAAUCAUUCAAGUCCUGGUCCCAAUUCUUCACCACUUGCUCAAUCCUGUACACGUCCAUUGUCUGUAUUCACUGAUUUCUCUAGUUCGAAUAGUAACAACAAUACUAUUACUACUAAUAAUAAUAACAUUAACGGAAGUAGUAUUGGAAGUGGAAUUACACGCCGUAAAUCAGAUAUUGUAGAUGCUACUCCUGUUAGUACUACUGAUAACAUGAAAAUAAAUUCGUCUACAUCAUCAUCACCUCAUAAUUAUUAUACAACUAGUGAGAUCAAUGCAAAUAUAUCAGUUACAUCAGAUUCAUUCCCGACGCAGUCAAAGUUGACUGACACCAGAGCCGAAACUCCGUCUACCAUACCAGCUAGUGACCCUUCAUUAUGUGAUACUACAUCUAAUGUCACUAACUCUGUUGAUAAGAAUAAAAAUGAUAAUAUAUCUAUUAAAAUCUGUCGCAAUAUUGACACUACUAAUGAUAAUAAUCAAACAUUAAGUAGUAUGCACAAUCCUUCAUCUUUUACAUCGAAUGCAAUAUUGAAUAAUUUCGAAAAAAGUCACACAUCAGAAACAUGGAUUAUUUCACAUUCCCCCACCUCUUCCUCUUUCUCCUCUUCCCAACCACCAUCCCCACCACCACCAUUAGCAAUGACGAUAACAAUGACAACAACACCAACAACAGUUGUUUCAUCGCAGCUAACAUCGAAUAACUUGCCCUCUUCAUCAUCAUCAUCAUCAUCAUCAUCAUCAAUACAAUCUUCAGUAAAGUCUCCACUGAUGAUGUCAUCAACUACUACCUCAACAUUGUUACCUGCCACCACCUCCCUUUCUCUCGCCUCCUCUGCAUUGUCAUCCUCAUUAGCGACAACAUCAUUAAUCCCAUCUAGUCAAUUGUAUACGACGUCGUCGACUACUACUACUACUACUACUACUACUAGCAACACGGCGUUUCCAACAAUUCUACCGGAACGACGAUGUACCGGUGUCAAUACUCUACUAGAUAAUUCCAAGGCUACAUUAACUGAACCAGAUUUAUUAGGACCAUGUGAACCGGGCACUACAAUUUGUUUAAAUGGAAUUGUUUGGUUAGAGACUACAACUGGAGUAUUAGUUGUCAAUGUGACAUGGAGAGGUCGAACGUAUAUUGGUACUUUGUUAGAUGCAACACAACACGAUUUCGCUCCACCAUGUCCACGAGAUUACGUACCUCCAUUUAAAUCAUCAGUACGAUCUAGUAAUCGUACAAAACGUCGAACUGGAGUUGGAACAAAUUAUAAGUCAAAUUUAACGAAUCAUCUUACAACUAAUGAUUGUAAUUGGAAAUCUACUUCAACUGGAAGACAUCGAUUACGUGGUCGAGCUUCAAAUUCACCUGCAGUCAAUAAUAGUAAUGGUAUUGAGACCAUUUCAACAACAAAUCGUUGCAAUACACAUAAUCUAACAAAAAUCGAUACUGAGAAAGAAUUAAUCAAUGAUAAUGCUAUUCAAGAGGAUACUGAUUUAACUCAAUGUCUUCCUCAUGUAUCUGAUGAAGAACAACUAACACGAAGUAGUAAUAGUAGAAAAACUAAGUUACAUAAUAAAAGUCGUAAACUUUUUCGAGGUAGUAGUACAUCAUCAAGCGAUUGUCCAUCGGAAGUUCUACCGGAUCUUGAGAAAUUAUCUGAAAUUGGAGAUUUCACCGGUAAAACUGAUGGAAUACUUUGUGAUCCACAAAAUCCUGAUCAUUCUCGACCACAUACUCCAUUAUGUACAAAUAAUAAUAAUAUGAAUACUAAUAACACUGAUAAUAAUAGUAGUGAUCGUGUUUGUUUUGAAGAAAAUGAUGAAUUGCAUGAAACAUUUCCAAUUGGUUGUCCAAUUGAUGGUUGUAAAAAACGUUUCUCACAUGUUCUAGCUUUACGUUUCCAUUUGAAUCAUACAUCACAUUGUAAUUUAUUAGAUUCUCAUAAGAAACGUCCUUCUAGUAUUGAUUUAAAGAAACGAGAUUUCACUAAUGCCAGCUCUAUUACAACAACAUCAACAGCUACAACUACUACCAGUACUAAUGAUAAUAAGAAUAAUAGCAAUGCAGUGAAUUGUAGUUCAACACAUUUGAAGUGUCCACCAACUAUUUCACCGUGUCAACCUUCCAGUUCAUCCCCAUUACCAACAGGAAUAACAACUCCAGAUCUACUGAAUUCAUUUGGUGGACCACUAUUGCCAUCAUCAUCAUCAUCGUCGUUGCAGCAUCAGUUAAAGCAAGAAUCCAAUCCAUAUGAUCCACAAUUGCAAAGUUGUCCAGUACCACAAUUAACAUCUGAAUAUAAUCGAGAUACAAUGUCUAUGCAUGUACAACAAAAUAACAUGCCUACUCAUCAUCCUAAUUAUAAAUUGUAUAAUAAAAAUGAACAGAAAUUAUUUGAUACAAAUAUAUCAAAUGAUUAUAUAAAUGUAAUGAUGAAUACGAAUAAUGAUAAUAAUAGUAGUAUGAAUAAUGUGAUACAUUCAGUUAGUAAACAACGGAAUAAUGAAAUAAAUAAGCAUUCUGGCAAUAAGAAACGUUUAUCUACAUCCAUGUCAUCUAAUAACAAUAGUCCAGUUAUUGAUAUCACUUCAUUGAGUAAUUAUAAUGGUAAUAAUGUACGUACAGUAACAGCGCAUACAGUAUCAGUGCCUCAUGGUUCAUUAGACAUUGCUGGCAAUUCAAAUUCUCGAUCUAAUCAACAUCAACAUCAUUAUGGACAACAACAAAACCAUCAAACUAACAAUGGUAAUUCAUUUCACUGCUCUAAGCGAACAACUCCAACAUCAUCGUCAUCAUCAUCAUCAGCUACUCCACGUGAUUUCAGUAGUAAACAUAAAGGGGGACAACAACAACAUUUAUCAAAUAAAUUGUCUUAUCAAAAUAUAAAAACCGAUAUUAAUAAUAAUAAUAAUAAUUCUACAGUGAUGAAUUAUUCUCGUUACAGUGGUGGUACUCAUCAUUGUGGUAGUUUAGAGCAACAGUCAAUAAAAAGUGAAUUGAACAAUGAUUAUAUGAUGAAUUUAACAAUGUGUCAUGCUUUAUUGAAUACUACCGCUACUACUACUAUGAGUACAAUGUCAAAAUUGAAGAAUUUAACAGUUAACCAGCAAGAAUUUAAUACAUCACUGUCUAAUAAUAAUAAUAAUAAUAAUAAUAAUAAUAAUAAUAAUAAUAAUAAUAAUAAUAAUAAUAAUAAUAAUAAUAAUAAUAAUAAUAAUAUGAUCCCAUCGUUACUUUUCCAAAAUGCAUGGAAUCUUCAACUGCCGAAUUCGUCUACGUACACACAGUCUAUGCCAUUGUCGUUUAAUAAUAAUAAUAAUAAUCAUAGUAAAGAUGAUGAAUUGAAAUCUACUAUGAAUUCAUUAACUAAUGGUUUACCGUCUUCAUUAUAUCUGCCCACAUAUCCGAAUAUGCCAACAUUUACUUCUUCGGGCAGUGUUGUUAAUAAUAGUCCCAUCAACACUAUGCCAUGUUCGUCCACACCGUCAUUAUCCAUGCAUGAAAUGUCCACAACAUCGCAACCAUUCAAUGAUUCAAAACAAUAUAUUCCGUCUAAUCAUCAUCAUCAUCCACUUGGUACAAGUUUAAAUACUACUUCAAAUCAGAGUGUAGAUCUUAAUAGUACUACUAAUAGUAGUAAUAGUAUGUAUUAUGGUAUACCAGACUUUUUAGUUGCUGCUUUAAGUACACUAGCAUCAAAUGCUUCAUCAUAUUCCUGUAUACCGGAACCUUUUAAAUCAUAUUUUAAUCAGAAUUCUUUGCUGAACAAUACUACUAAUCCUACUAGUACUAGUAAUAUGAAUAGUAAUGGUAAUUCUAUAAGUAAAACAAAUAAUUUAUCCUCUUCAAAUAUGUCACUUUCAUCAAAUUCAGGAAUAUUGGAUGGUACAAUGAAUAAUCGAUUUUUUAAUCCACAAUUCUUUCAAAAUUAUGGGACUAAUCUUUCGAAUGUACAAAAUUUUCAAUCAUUUAAUAAUAGUAAUAAUAAUAAUAAUAACAGCAGUAAUCUAACUUUAAAUCCGGAAAGAUUAGAUCCAUUGAAAUUAUCUGCAGCCUACUUGAUGCAGUAUACAAAUCCAAGUGCAACACAAUUAUCAUCAUCCUCCUCCUCAUCAUCAUCUACGGUAACGUCAACUUUCGGGAAUAGUAUAUAA